GCCGGCCUGGACGGACGUGUCUACUGUGCAUUCGCAGUGCUCACCAGCGCCGCUCCUCGUGCACCGCUCCAUCAUGUAUGGCAUGCUGCUCGAGUCCGUGCAGCACUACGUGCAGAGCGAGUACGGGGAGUCGGUGUGGGAGCAGGCCUGCGAGGUGGCGGGCUGCCGCUUCCGGGUGUUCAACACGCACCACCUCUACCCGGACAGCCUCAUCGGGGACCUGGCGUCCGCCUGCGCACAGGUCGUCGGCAACGGCGCCACCGUCGAGGGCUUCAUGAUGUUCUUCGGCCGCUGCUUCGUCCGAUACUUCAGCUACUUCGGGUACGACUUGCCCAUAAAGGCUACGGGCCGGCACUUCGCGGACUUCCUGCAGAACGUGGACAACAUCCACAUGCAGAUGCGCUUCACCUACCCCAAGAUGAAGAGCCCCAGCAUGUACAUCACGCACGUGGACCCGCACGGCGUCGAACUCGUGUACCGCAGCUCGAGACGCGGAUUCGUCCACUACCUGAUGGGCCAGCUGUACCAGAUAGCGCAGGAACUGUACGACAUCGCGCUACGCAUCGCCAUUCUGGAAGAACAGACAGCUCUGUCUGGCGCCCGGAACGUGCAGGUGCGCUUCCGGAUCGACUUCGACAACAGCGAGUGGAUGCGCGCGCAGGCGUCGCGGCGCGCGCGGCUUGAGCGGCUGUCGCUGCCGGCGGUGCCGGCGUCGCUGCUGAUGCGGCUCUUCCCGUUCGGGCUGCUGCUGGGCCGCGACCUGCGCGUGCUGGGCGCCGGCGAGAAGCUGCUGCAGGUCGUGGGCAGCGGCGUGCUGGGCGCGCCCGCCACCGACAACUUCCGGCUGCGCAGGCCGCGCGGCGUCGCCUUCACCUGGAACAACCUGCUGUACCUGCACUCGGUGCUGUUCGAGCUAGAGGUGCUGCGCUCGCCGCGGCUGCUGCCCGAGGGCUACCAGCUGGACGGCGACAGCCCCAGCCAGCCGGCCACGCCGGAGCCGGAGCCCGAGCCGGAGCUGGAGCAGCUGGACGUGCGCCGUCGACAGCUGCGCUACCUGGACCGCCGCGGCUCCCAGGGAACUCGCGCCAUCCUGCUCAAGGGGCAGAUGCGCCGCAUGGGCGAGUCGGGCGCCGUCGUAUUCCUCUGCUCCCCGCUGAUCAACAACCUGGACGACCUGAUGAAUAUGGGCCUGUUCCUGAACGACCUGAACCUGCACGGCCUCAGCCGCGAGAUGGUGCUCACUGGCUGGCAGCACUACUCCAAGCUGGAGCUCAUGUUUGAACGAGCAGAACAACGUUCCAUGGAGCUGGAGAAGAGUUACGCAGAGCUGGACUCCUGGAAACAGCGUGGCGAUGAUCUUCUGUACUCUAUGAUUCCGAAACCUGUGGCGGACAGGCUGCGUUCUGGAGGGGAUCCCAUCAGUACCUGUCAGUCGUUUGACGAGGUGUCCAUCCUGUUCUGCGAGUUGGUGGACUUCAGCUCCUCUACGGUGCAGGACGCCAUGGACGUCGUGACCAGCAUGAACGCCGUCUUCACUUGUUUUGAUGCCCUCAUGGACCGCUACAACGUGUACAAGGUGGAGACGGUGGGCCAGGUGUACAUGGCGGUGAGCGGCGCGCCCGAGACUUCGCCUAGACACGCGCAGAACGUGGCCGACGUGUCGCUGCAGUUGGUGAGGCGCGUACGCGAGCUGCGACUGCCAUCGGGGAUCAGCAUACAGAUACGCAUAGGAAUCCAUUCAGGCCCAGUGGUGGCGGGAAUCGUAGGCCUCAAGGUGCCCCGCUACUGCUUGUUCGGUGAUACCGUCAACACAGCUGCCCGCAUGCAGACAACGAGUAUCCCCGGAGAAGUUCACGUUUCAUGCAGAACUCGCAAGCUGUUGCAAGAACCAGUAUACCACUUCGAAUGCCGAGGCUGCAUUGUAGUUAAGGGUAAAGGGAAGAUGGAGACAUUUUGGCUGAGAGAAUCAAAACCAGAAGACGAAAAUGAAGAAGAUCCCAUAAAGAAAGGUUUAUGCGGGAUGGAAGCUGAUAGUCCAGUGAAAAAAGAAUCCCUAGUAAAAACAUUUAAUAAGAAGUCUGCAGAAAUUAAUACAUAGUUCACAUGAACCAAAGGACACCUUGUGAAAGACACUCUGAAGAGUUAAAUGUUGUUGAUAGUACAAAUUACUUAGUAUGAGGGUGAGGAAAAUAAUGAUGAAUUGUCUUACAUAAUAAUGAAUGAACAAGACAAUAAUGUGAAGGUCCAUUAUCUGAAAAAUGUAUAAGACUUUCCAGUCAAAAAAAUGUGCCGUCAAUACUCUUGGUACACAUGUAUGAUGGUGGAAUGAAGUGGCAGAAUUUAAAAGCUAUUAUAUUUGAGAUAGAUGCAAUCUUGCAGCUAGAACCUCACUACAGUAAGUAGUAAAGGAAAUUGUACUGUACCUAGCUUGAGAUAUGUAUGAUCUAGUGCACUGUCAGCUGACUCUAAAGGUGUAUAUCUUAUAUUAAAUGUUGCUGCUAAAAUGAAGACACAUAGAUGCUUAUGUCUAAAAACAUCUUUACUUGAUAUUUCCUGGUAUAUUUUACUAAAGAAGAGGGAGCUUCAAUUCAAUACAACAUAUGAUUAUGGAAACAUAAAAAUUCACAAGAGCUUGGCCAUUUCUGAAACAAAUAAUUAAAUUCAUUAAUACUGUUCAGGCAGUUUGUAGGAUUUUAUUCAGAAUUUCUUCGUUUUAGUGUAGUACUACUCAGCUUAAAAACAUUCCAUGAAAUUGUUCUUCUAAAUCUCCAAAGUCAGGUAUUUUCAAAGUUUGACUCUUGAAUGACACUUUUUAACUAAAUUAAAUGAAAUUCAUAAGAUUAUGUUCAUGAGCUUGAUAUUCUGUUGUUUUCAGUGUUAAAACUGUCUUCUGAAAGUACCUGUAAUUUCUGAAUGGCAGAGAGUCCUUUCUCAUUCUUGUAAUUAUCACCUUUUUAAAAAAUUGUGUUUGAAAUGUGUUGUAAAAUAAAUUAAUCUUAAUGAUAACAUUAGUAUGAGAGAAGCUUUCACCAGAUAAUAUUUUUAUAAAUUAAAUUGAAGGAUUUCAAACCAAAUACAAAACAAUGCAAAAUACCAAUAUCUGAAAUAAUGUAAUAAGCCCUAUAAUGAGACUAUAGUAUAUAUAGUUCAUAUUUUUGUGAUGAUCAAUUAUUUGUGCAUUAUGACUAGGAAAGGAAGCUAGACAUUUAAUAAUUAUCUAUUUUCACAAGAACAUGACUAAAUACGUUCUUCUAAAUGAAAUUGCUAUUGAAUGAAAUUAAUUCUUUGCAAAAAAAACUAAAUUAUCUCCACUAACA